AUGCCAGCUAAAUACGAAAAAGGUUCAGAAAAAAAAGGUGCAACUUUAUUUAAAACCAGAUGUUUACAAUGUCAUACUGUUGAAAAAGGUGGUGCAAACAAAGUUGGUCCAAAUUUACAUGGUGUUUUUGGUAGAAAAUCAGGUCAUGCUGAAGGUUUCUCAUAUACCGAUGCUAACAAAAAGAAAGGAGUUACUUGGGAAGAACAAUCAAUGCAUGAUUAUUUAGAAAAUCCAAAAAAAUAUAUUCCAGGUACUAAAAUGGCUUUUGGUGGUUUGAAAAAAGCUAAAGAUAGAGAUGAUUUAGUUACUUAUUUAAAGAAAGCUACUUCAUCUUAA